CUGGCCGUUCGUAUCUGCAGUGUUAUCGACGACCGGCGAUCUCUGGCAGCAACAGAACCCGCCAUCCAAAUGAAGCCGGUAAUCAACGCUGAUGAUUCUGAUGUGGAACGAGGUGUACGAGAUACGGACACAGGAGUGUCGUUCAAAAAAGAGCAUUCUUUGGUGAAAAGACUUGGAUCAGCAGUCUUUUACGGCACUACAUCAUUUUUAUUAAUGGUAGUGUGCAAGGUAGUCCUUACAAAGUAUGGGUUUCCAUCUGCUCGAGUGAUUGGUCUCGGACAAAUGACAGCAACAGUGAUUAUGCUGUACGCAGCCCGUCAAUGCGGAUUUAUAUUUUUUCCCGCAUACGACUCAUCUAUUGUCACUAAAGUGUGGCCAUUGCCUUUUGUGUACUUGUUCAAUGUAGUCUUCGGUCUCUCAAGUACUCAGGAGCUUUCACUGCCAAUGCUAACGGUUCUCCGUCGCUUCGCUAUUCUCAUGACUAUGCUGGGGGAACUCUAUCUGUUUGGUACCCGCCCCACAAUGGCCGUACAGCUGUCUGUCUACAGUAUGAUAUUCGGAGCUGUCAUAGCUGCCAGUAAUGAUCUGGCUUUCAGCGUUGAAAGUUACGUCCUGGUGUUGCUGAACGACUUUUUCACUGCGGCUUAUGGAGUCAUCAUGAAGAAGAAACUAGAUAUUGCAGAUCUCGGGAAGAAUGGAUUACUCUUCUAUAACUCAGCAAUGAUGAUACCAUUUAUAACAGCGCUUUCUUGGGCAGCAGGCGACCUUGGAACAACAAUGGAGUUUACAUUAUGGAAUGAUCCUUUGUUCAUUGCUUAUUUUGUUCUCUCUUGCGUAUUAGGCCUAUUUCUCAAUUACUCAAUGAUGCUUUGCACACAUUAUAAUUCUGCUCUCACUACUAUGGUAGUGGGUUGCAUAAAAAAUGUCAGCAUCACAUAUUUAGGUAUGAUAAUUGGUGGCGACUACGUAUUCUCAUGGGUCAAUUUUUUGGGUAUUAACGUAAGUGUAGUUGGAAGUCUGGUGUAUUCGUGGGUUACGUUUAGUCAAAAACAGCCUAUAAAAACGGUUGUGCCAAAGAUAAGUUCUGUGUAAUAUAUGGCUGUUACACUGUGGCGUUAAUUGCGUCUUCAGUAAGACUGAAAUACAGCGUGGUCUACGUCAGCAGUUGAAGUGAAGAAGAAUACGACUUAUAAAGGAGCAGUGUAUGCUUACAAAGCACCAGUAAGAGCCACACUGAAUAUUCACAUUGUGAAUAUGUUAUUGACAUAUUCUUUCCAUGUGGAAAGUCAAAUACAAUGAU